AUGAGCGAGACAGGUGACGCAGGUAUGAUGAGCGAGACAGGUGACGCAGGUAUGAUGAACGAGACAGGUGACGCAGGUAUGAUGAGCGAGCCAAGUGACGCAGGUAUGAUGAACGAGACAGGUGACGCAGGUAUGAUGAGCGAGACAGGUGACGCAGGUAUGAUGAGCGAGACAGGUGACGCAGGUAUGAUGAGCAAGACAGGUGACGCAGGUAUGAUGAACGAGACAGGUGACGCAGGGAUGAGCGAGACAGGUGACGCAGGUAUGAUGAGCGAGACAGGUGACGGCAGGUAUGAUGAGACAGGUGACGCAGGUAUGAUGAGCGAGACAGGUGACGCAGGUAUGAUGAGCGAGACAGGUGACGCAGGUAUGAUGAGCGAGACAGGUGACGCAGGUAUGAUGAGCGAGCCAAGUGACGGUAUGAUGAGCGAGACAGGUGACGCAGGUAUGAUGAGCGAGAAGGGGACGCAAGUAUGA